AUGGGGUCUCCAACAACGAUGGAUAGCCAUGGCCGUUCUGAAAGCCCGAGGAAAUCUUCAAUGGACAAUCUUUUGGGACUAUUGAGAAUAAGGGUGAAAAGAGGCGUUAAUCUUGCUGUUCGUGAUGUCCUAAGCAGUGAUCCAUAUGUUGUUAUCCGACUAGGAAAACAGAGAUUGAAGACUCGUGUUAUCCCAAAGGAUAUUAAUCCCGAGUGGAAUGAGGACCUCACACUUUCUGUUUCAGAUCCUAACAAACCAGUUUCACUGACCGUUUACGAUCAUGACACGUUCAGCAUGGACGACAAAAUGGGAGAUGCAGAGUUUGAUGUCAGACCGUUCAUAAAUGCCCUUAAGAUGCAUUUAGAUGGCCUUCCAAACGGCACGAUAAUCACAAAGAUAAUCCCGGCUCGAUCCAACUGUCUAGCCGAAGAGAGUUGUGUGGUGUGGAAAGACGGUAAAGUAAUCCAAGACAUGUGCCUCAGGCUAAAAAAUGUCGAGUGUGGAGAAGUCGAACUUCAACUCCGAUGGAUCGAGCUUCCCGGGUCUAAAGGGUUAUAG